UCUUAUAGUCUUGUGCAACAAUCGGCACAGUGAUCCGCCCUUACGAAUAGGCUAAUGGACCCGUAAAUUAACUUCGAAAUACAUACAUACAUUGCGACAGUUUCGAAAUGGAAAGUUCGGUUCACGUGAGACCAGCGAAAGUCGGAAACGAACAUUUUAUUAAUGAAGACUGGGUUGGUAUUGAUAUGUUACGCCAUAAAGCAAACGUUGCGCUGGAUCCAAAGUACCUGAUGGUCGCAGUAGAUGAGAAUGACGAACCGGUCGGUUACGGGGGAAUCACCCUAGCCACACCAGAUAUUUGUUAUAUUGGAAACGUAAUUGUACGUGAGGACUUCGGAGGGAAAGGGAUUGGAAAAUUGAUAUUGCAAGCUUUGAUUGAACGAGCUGGGGACAGAAAUAUCGCUGUGGAUGCCGUAUCUUAUAUGGGGGAUUGUUACGAAAGAAAUGGCUUCAAUUUUAGUACAUCAAAAGUAGCGUAUUACACAGUUUGCGUUAAUGAGGCUAUGAAGAAAUCGGUUCAGUCUGUAUUCACGUGCAGGGAUUUGACAGAAGAUCUCUGGCCAAUGGUGAUGAAGUAUGACAGACAGGUGUAUCCAACACUAGAUCGAGAGCGAAUUCUGCGGGCCUGGUUCUGCGCGGAAGGCUCUCGGGCUAUGGUUGCGUUUCGUGGUAACCAGGUAGUUGGGUAUGGAAGCAUUCAUGAAAAGCCCCAUCAAGAAUACAGUUUAAAGAACGUUUUUGCAGAUGAUGAAAGCGUUGUUGAAGCAAUUUUAAGAGAGCUAUUUAAAGAAGUACCGGAGGGUCGGUUGGCGCAUUUUGAAAAAGAUGAAGGAAAGCCAAUGCCAAAGUAUCUAGAACACAGCGUUUCUCGAUUUGACUUUACUGGCAUUCGAAUGUAUAACAAAUAUCCUUUGGAGACAAUUGGGGACAAAAUGUGGUUAACAUCUGCGGCCAUACUUUGAAAGUUGUAUAAACACUGAUUAACCGUUCAUAUAAUGGACGCAGUUAAGUUACGAUUAUGCUGUCAAUAUUCUUGAAGGGAAUUGUUCACAUUUUAAUAUUCAAUAUAAUUGUCAUCGUUUAAAAAAAGUUUACAUUAUGCUUGAACAACCGAAAGGACACUCCUGGCUUAGAAAUGAAACAUACUAGUUUAUCAUUGGAUUAUCAUCUUGUGAUAUCGGUAAAAAAAAGCGUGUGUAACGCUUUUCCUCAAGUUUGAUCAAACAUGUUGGUUUUGUGUUUAUAAUUCUCGAAAACACUAAAGCCUGUAUAUUGAGUUUGAUAUGUACGAAUCUAGGACAAGAACACAACAAAACUCUAUUGAUUUCAUGUUUGUUUGUUAAUUUUGUUUGUUCAUUUGUAAACCUUCUGCACUAGUGAUAGAUUUGUGUCAUUUUGUUUCAUUAGAAUACCUUACUUUUAUUUAAUGUAACACUCACCAUUUUUAGCUAGGCAAGAGAACGGACAGCAGAACAAGUUUUCAUACAAUUUUGAAAACAUCACUGUUAUGUUUCACUAUUUGAGAAAUGCAUGUAUAGUAUUUUGCGGCAAGUAUACUGGUUAUUGUGAAAGUAUCAUUGACAGCCUGUUCAUUGGCAUAAAGGCAAUACAGUACAAUGUUUCCAAAUAAUGGAGAUUAAAAAAUUUUAAGUGACGCCACAGCAGGGCAGCACAUUAAACAAAAGACAUGUCAGUAAAAAUGUAUGUUAACACAAUUAUUUUGAAGAUGGGCAAGACAAAAAACAAUACAUAAAAAUGAUGCUGCUUAUUAAAUUCUAAAAUAAAAUGUGUACAGAAACUGUUAAUUAAUUUCAACACUAUUGUAAGCUGCAAGUCAGUCCUUGCAUCAUUUUAAUCAUUCACAAGAAUUUUGAAUUUGGCCUGAAACCGCCCCUGAAAAAUGAAGUGGUGGUUUUUUCAGGCCAUUAAUCUUCAUGCUCCAUCUGCUCGGCAUUAUGAAAUAAUAUAAAGUAGAUUACACAAGUCAUUGAACUUUUCCAAACAGUGUUGCAAUUAGUGUUUAUGUGGCUUCUUUGUUUCUGUGUCAAUAAACACAUACAUUAGUUGAGUUCCAUAUUCAUUCAUUUUUAUAAAGUUUAAAUUAGCAUUGUCUUUGAAAGGUCAAUAGUUGUGGAAAUAAUUAAGGUAGCGCACCUCUAAUGGGCACAUAUCCAAACAUAAUCUAAUUAAUUAUUUUCUUAAUCAGCAUCAUUUCACUGAACUACAUGCAAAUUUGUAGGUAGGCUUUCCAUGCUUUUUAAAAAAAUAUACCGAUUUUUUCAAAACCACCCCCACGCUCGGCUUUUGUCCAGUUUAUUUUCACCCCUGGGGUAUAUAAAAGUUCCAUAAUUCAUUCAAAUUUCCAAAUAUGGACAUGCAGUUGGUGUGUACAGAUGCUGUAAAGGUGUUUAAAGAUUAAACAAGAUGAAAUAAGUAUUCUUUUACAGACAUUUAUUUUUUUUAAAUUUUUAUCUAUGGAAGAGCGCCAUGAAAUGUAAGUGAUUUCAGCCAAGUAAAAAUUGGGUCGGUUAAAAACAAAGUGUCAUAAAAUUCAAAAUAGUAUCAUUUAAGUCAUAUUUUAAACUUAGUUUUUAUAGAAACACUAUAUACAGCAAAAAUACCAAGAACUAGACAGAUUUACCGUUUACUUUUUGAAAUAAAAAUAAAAAUGCAACAUGCAUGGUUCGUAUUUUCAAC